AUGGGAGAACCAUCUGAUCCGGUUAUUGUUGAGUCUGUCAGCAUGGUUGAGUACAACAGUUUGAAGCAAGAAAAGGGAAAAGUCGAUAAGUUGAAUGCGAAGCUGAGUGAAGGCCUCAGGAAAACUUUGUGCACUAAGAAAGAAGCUGAGAGAGAAGUUCAAAGAUUGAAUGAGAUGCAAAGACAAAGCAAUGAGAGGAUUGCUGAAGAUGCUGAUUAUAUCCGUAAAGUCUGUUCAGGUGAAGAUAUACUGAAGAAAGCUUGCAAGGCUGCUAAGGAGCAGUUAGGAAGAGCUGAAUAUAGGCUUAUUGAGCGCCAGCAAAGGUGGGAAGAAUUGUCUGAUCGCCGAAGACAGGUUGAGAUAGAAAUCAGAGCAGAAAAUGAGCGGUUGAAGAGUAGGGAGAACGAGCAGCAUGAAGCACUUCGAUUGGCUGAACAAGAGAUCGUCGAACUAAAGGUUCGAGCAGGGGUCAAGAGAACAAAAGAACAAGACAAGUACAGGAAAUUGGAAGAAGCGGUCAAAACGAGGAAUUUGUUGAUUCAAGGCCUUACAGAACACCCUAAUGACCCGGUUACAGAGGCGCUUCUUAAGGAAGUUCGGGAAGAUUCGUUUGGGCUAGAUGUUUGA